AUGCCUCAGUUUGACCCGCUUUCUGCCCAGUCCUCUCCUACAGGCUCUAAAUUAGAUGCCAGAAUAAAAGUGCGUGUGGCUCGUCUCCAGUGGGAGAAGGAGGAGCGUGAUAGGGAUUUUCAGCUCAGGAGGGAGCUGGAGAUCAGGAAGUUGGAGGCAGACACUGCUGUCCGGAAGCAAAAGGUGGAGGACCAGUGGCAGGUCACGGUGUUGCGAAACAGUGGUGGUUCACAAUCAUUCAUCCUUGCCAGUGCCCUGCCCUUGAGUGCUGAGUCUGCCUGUGAUGCAAGUGCGGUGAUUAAACUGCCUAAAUUAGACUAUGCUCUCGCCGGACGCAGUGAGACGUCCCCCGGGAGCUGUAGAAGAACGAUGGGGUUCUGCGGGAUCCGGGAGUGUGGUAACAGGCCGUGCUGGGUAGGACAUUAUAUGCCGUGCCAUGCUGGUUGGGUGGGCCCCACUGUGCCGAUCUGCAUCUAUGGUUUCUUCUCCAUGAUGAGGCCUAUAGAGCCUUUUAUGACAGAGUUUCUCACAGGAACUUACAAAAACCUCACUACAGAGCAGGUGAAUAGACAGGUGUAUCCUGUGUGGACUUACUCAAGCCUGGUUUUCCUCAUCCCAGUCCUCUUGGUGACAGACUUCCUCAGGUACAAGCCUGUAAUCAUCCUCCAGGGGCUCAGCCAUAUCACGGCAUUUGUGCUCCUCCUAGUUGGCUCGGGGGUCCGCUCCGCUCAGUUGGCCUUCUUCAGCUACAGCAUUGCCAUGGCAGCAGACGUGGCCUAUUUCUCCUACAUUUACAGCGUAGUUCAGCCCAGCCACUAUCAGAGAGUGACCAGUUAUGUCAAAGCGGCCAUACUGCUGGGCUACUCUGUGGGCGCUCUGCUGGGUCAACUGCUUUUGUCGUUGGGUGGGGUGUCCCUGUAUUGCUUAGCUAUUGUAACUCUUAUUUCUGUCACCAUAUCACUGAUAACCUCCUUGUUCCUGCCCAUGCCUAAGACUAGUUCAUUUCUCAAGGGUACCUUAUCUGCACAACAGAGGAGCUCAGGUGAAGACAAUCAGGAGUCAGGAAGCCAAGAUGCGUGGGUGAAGAGCGUGACAGCUGCAAAGCAUGUUGGGAGGAUGUUCAAAAGGCUUGCAUUGGACUUUAGGACAUGUUAUUCCUCUGUGACUAUGCUUUUCUUCUGCAUAUGGGCAUCUACGGGGAAAUGCGGCUUUUACCAGGUUGCAGGGUACAUCCAGCUCCUCUGGGUAUAUAUGGAGCCGGGAAACUUCACAGCCUUCAAUGGAGCAGUGGACGGCAUCAGCACAUUGUCAGGAGCUGCAGCCACUGUUGCUGUGGGACACAUGUCUCUGGAGUGGUCCGUGUGGGGGGAACUGGUCCUGGGGGGUUUCACGUUCCUGAUCGCUGGAGCUCUAUUCCUUAUGGAUCGGACUGACAACAUCUGGAUCAGCUACUCGUGCUUCUUCCUCUUCAAAACUAUUUACAUGCAGCUCAGCACCAUCUGCACUUUCCAGAUAGCCAAGACGCUACAAAGGGAGCGCUAUGCUUUGGUAUUCGGAUUCAACAGCUUUGUAGGCACAAUCCUCCAGAGUCUCCUCACCGCCAUUGUCAUCAACACAAAGUCUCUGAAGCUGACCAUCACCUCGCAGUUCCUCAUCUACGCCUCGUACUUUGCUGCCUUUUCCCUGCUGUUCACAGUCAGAGGUGUGUACACUGCGCUCCACAUGCAACGUCCUGCUGGAAGCAGCCAGACAGAGAGAGACAGCAACCUGCAAGAGGCAUCGCGCCUGUGAAGACGCUCAGAGGAACAUGAGGAAUGUUUCCCAUAACUGUCAUCAAUUAUCGCAUGAACAGAACACAUGUUAGGAGAUGCUUACAUACAUAAAGACAUUAAAUCCAACAAAAAGUAACUUUUGUUGAGUUUUGUAUCAGUCUGUCAUGAGCAGGAAUUAAUAAUCCAUUCCACAGAUGUGCUGUGAAUUUAAUUAAUUUCAAGCCCUAAAUGUUGCCACUAGAGGUCACUCCCUGCACAAAGUAAAACAAAAAAAAACAGCUCUGAGGUGGUUUCAUUUGAACCCUAAAAUAUUAGAUAAUCCUUAUGUAUGUGGACGUUUUCAAGGUAUAUACAAAUAGUAUGACAGAAUAAGUGAAUUAUUCAAGGUUUGGACAUUAACAGUUGACCAUUUCAGAAAUGUUUCCAAAUACUGACAUGUUUGUGUUCUAUAUUAUUUAAAAUACUUAAAGGUAG